UGGAAAUGUUGCCUCGAAACUAAUAAACUGCCAGAUUUUUGUGUUCUAGCGAAGUAUCAAUUUCAACCAAUCAUGAUUUAGUAAAAGAAUGACAAGUGACAGAUGACAGUUUAUUAAAUUAAUAACCUUGAUCAUCGGAAAUUUAUACAAAAACUUUCUCUCACACCUAGGGACAAUGGAACUUCUAUAAAUCUCUCCAGUGGACAUAACCUCAAAAUGUACAGUCCCACAAAAUUUCUUCAAAAAAUCGAAAGCCAAAUGCGACAGCUCUACACGCAUGCCAGACUCAACGGCCGGAACCACUAUGACACCCUUGGAAUCACCCCUAAAGCAACUCAAGCUGAUAUAAAAUCUGCAUAUUACAAACUGUCCAUGCUUCAUCAUCCAGACAAAAGUAAAGACCGCGAUGAAGCAGCUACCAAAUUUCGCGACAUUACCCAAGCUUAUGAAGUCCUCGGGAAUGUGAGAACACGAAAACUCUACGACAAAGGUCUUUUGAUUUCACAUAUUGGUACUUCUGAUGAUAUCCCAUUACACAAGUUUUAUCAGUCAAGGGACACAAAAUCAAGACCCCCUGCACCAUAUGGGAGGACUACAGUCUAUGACUUUGAUGAAUGGUCAAAGGCACAUUAUGGGGCGACUUUCCAAAAAAGUUUGAAGUUUAAAGAAAAAGAGCGCAUGAAAAAAAUGCAAGAACAACGAAACGUUGAAGAUAUUAAACAAGAAAAAGUUGUAUUUUUAGUAGGGCUAUUUGUUUUGAUGGCUGCCUAUUUAUUUUAUGGUAGAGAAGACUAUGAUAAUCCACAACGGGUGUCAGUUUUUGGGAGUAAUAUUAUAGUAACACCCAAGUCAGAUUAAUGUAAAUAAUGUAUAUAGUUUAAUUUAUUAAUAAAAUUAUUCUUGUGGAAAAAACAAAGAA